GGGGUUGUCUGGCCUGUGGCGGUUCUGCAUGGCUGGCCGAGGGUUGUUUUGCAGCUGCCAUAGGAAAGUUGCAGAACGUUCCUGCCCCUCGGCGUGGAAGGCGGUGCGGAGUUGCAAUGGCUCUUGCUUCAUCGCCCUUGAAAGUCUGCAUCGUGGGCUCAGGCAACUGGGGAUCUGCUGUAGCCAAAAUAAUAGGCAAUAAUGUAAAAGCAGUAAAGAAGUUCGCUUCCACCGUAAAAAUGUGGGUGUUUGAAGAAAAUGUUAAUGGAAGAAAACUGACAGAUAUCAUAAAUAAUGACCAUGAGAAUGUGAAAUAUCUUCCUGGAUACAAGCUACCAGAAAAUGUGGUUGCCAUCCCAAACUUGAAAGAAGCUAUUAAAGAUGCUGAUAUGUUGGUUUUUGUCAUUCCUCACCAGUUCAUUCAUAAAAUCUGUGAUGAGAUGACAGGGCAUGUAGCCAAGAAAGCUAUCGGCAUAACUCUCAUUAAGGGAAUAGACGAAGGCCCAGAAGGACUCAGACUCAUUUCUGACAUCAUCCGUGAGAAAAUGGGAAUAGACAUCAGUGUGCUGAUGGGGGCAAACAUAGCCAAUGAGGUCGCAGCAGAGAAGUUCUGUGAAACCACAAUAGGCUGUAAAAUUUUGGAUAAUGGUAUCCUCUUCAAAGAACUCCUUCAGACUCCAAACUUCCGAAUUACUGUGGUGGAUGAUGCAGAUACAGUUGAGAUUUGUGGUGCACUUAAGAACAUUGUGGCAGUGGGAGCUGGCUUUUGUGAUGGUCUUCGCUGUGGUGAUAAUACCAAAGCUGCUGUCAUUAGACUCGGACUAAUGGAAAUGAUCGCCUUUGCAAAAAUCUUCUGCAAGGGGCAGGUGUCCACUGCCACCUUCCUAGAGAGCUGUGGGGUUGCCGAUCUUAUCACCACGUGUUAUGGUGGACGCAACCGAAGAGUGGCCGAAGCGUUUGUGAAAACAGGAAAGUCAAUUGAAGAAUUAGAGCAAGAAAUGCUGAAUGGGCAAAAGCUCCAAGGACCACAGACUUCUGCGGAGGUGUAUCGCAUCCUUAAACAGAAAGGAUUAGUGGAGAAGUUUCCACUUUUUGCUGCUGUCUAUCAAAUCUGCUAUGAAGGAAGACCUGUCCAAGAGAUGAUCUCCUGUCUUCAAAGUCAUCCAGAGCAUAUAUAAAGUGUGCUUUCUUUCCAUUGUCACAACUCCUGCCUUUCCUCUUCAUGAGCAAGUCUGAAUAGAUGUAAUUAAGCCUCACAAGAAGACACUCCAUUAAGCAAUCAGGGCAACACUUGAAUGUCUACAGAUUUCUGUGCUUAUCAUAAAAUAGCACAGAUCCUCAAUUUGUUGUGUUUUUUUUUAACUGGAUGAAGUUCAGGAGGUUUUCAGAUAUAUAAUGUAGCACUUGCACUCCUAUCCUAAACCCAGUGGGACAUGGGGAGGUCAGAUCUCCCAACAUACAUUUUAAAAGCAACCGAUUUCCCCCUCCGCCCAGGUUCCAAUCAGGGCACAGUUUUUGUAUGGGAGGGAGAGGUUAGCUCUGUAUCCUCAUGUAAUUUUUCUGAACUGCUGUUAACAGCAUGAGAAAAAAGACAAGUGCCCAUAUCAGACUUCUCUUUUCUUUCUCUAAUUAGGGAGCAGGUUUCUACUCUCCCCCACGACACACACGCACAAGGCCCCAAUCCAAAUUGGGAGCUCUCUGUUUACUUUUCAGCUUGCAGUGCAGUCCUCAGCAGAGCUGUACCUUCCAUUGACUUCAGUGGAUUUAGAAGGGCCUAACCCUGCUUAGGACUGCACUAUCGGUCAUGGCUGUUUCACAUUUCAUCUAGUUGCUCCCUGGGUUCAUGUGUCUUUGCAUAGUGGGAAAAAAAGCUUGAUUAUUUUUUGUCUGUUGCAUUCCAGAGCUUCCUUUAUGUGAAGGGCCCGUAAUUAAAUAUAGCCUGAAAAUGCCGCUUGCUUUGGAAUCAUUUGCUGAAAUGCACUUAAGUUGUAUAGGACACACAUUUGACUUUUAAUUAGAUUUGCACAUCACUUGACAGAAGCAUACAAGCAUUUUGGUAGGGAAUCAGUUUGAUAGCUCUUACUUUUGAACAGUUUUUUAGAAACAGAAAAUUCAAAAGUGUGUUUAAAUGGAUGUUAAUUUUUCUGAAGGGGUAUGCUGCAGACAGUAAACCUCUUCCUGUUUUUCUUUUUGUAUCUCUCCUUUUACUUCCUGUACCAUGUAAGAGUAAAUAUGAACACAACCUUGGUGUGUGGCAGCACACACACAGCCCAGUAUGGCUUUGGGCUCAGGUCUGUAUAUGUACAAGUUGACCCUUAUCAGAUUUUGACAAAGGUGAUGAUGGGGUGGGGGAGUGAUCACUGGGACAGAUACUUUGACAUGGCACCAAUAAAUGGUGAGAUAGCAGCUUGUUGCUACCUAGCUUAAGCGACCUUUCCAAUGCACUUCCAAGAGGUAGAGAUAUGUGAUUUUUUUUUGCUACAAAUCUAUUUUUCUAUAGUUGUUAUGCCCCCAAAGUUCAUCUUCAUCUACUUUUUGCUACCUUUGCUAAACCCUGGGAUUCUAUGGGCCCUUUCUAAUAGAGGCCAAUUCCUCAGUUGUGCCUCCCAAGCCCUUUCUGCAGGUAGAUCCUUAAAUGUUGUGGGUCUGUCUGCCAAUCAUACAUAAAACUCUGUCCCUUAGUUAUUCCUUUGUGUUAUUCAGCAUUCCUAACAUUCACAUUGCCAUGUUAAUCCACCAGCUGUAGGAGCUGCAUCCCCCCAAAAAUGGGCUGGGAAUUCCCUUGAGCACAUACUUGUAUCAUUUCUUGAACUAUGUUUGUUCUUGAACAAACUAAUUAUACUGGCGUUUAUUUCAGUGCCUGUUUAUUAUGCUGUGUGAAUUUGAGUGCUCUACCCUUUUUGAAAUCCCUUGAUCAGUUCCCCAUUGCUUUCAAAUGUGAGAAGUUUCUGGAAGCUGCUCAUAGUCUAAGCCGCCUUGGUCCCUAAUGUCUUAAAUGAAAGACUGAGAUGACCUAGUCUUGCGUUAAUUAAACUGGAACAUUGCUGAAUCAACUUACCUGUUUAUGUGGAGUGAAAAACACUACACCUUCCAAAAAGCUUAUUUGUAAAGAAUCACAUGCAUUAAUUUACUUUCUGGGAAGUAAUGCUGUUGUACCAAGUACCAGGAGUUAAUUCUGUGCUGAGAGAAAAACUCGGUUGUCUUUUGUAUAUACUCCUAACCUUAGAGGGAUCUGGCUUAUUUUUUAAACUCUUUGUUGCUCAUGGUUCAGAAUGAAACUCCUCUUGACUUGUGCAGCCCAUAAUGAGUUUUAUUGGAGGCUGUUCCUGCUUAAGGUCAACAGAGUCUCCUGCAUAGGCUUGUUGUGGGUUACAGCAGUUGAGCUUCUCCUUAUUCAGAUGCCUAAGAAUGAGCUUCCCAAAUUCAUUUCUCAGCUUGGGUAAACUUGGGAAUGAGGAGUGCUUCCCAUACACAAAAUACUAAAGGACUUGGAAACAUGGAGAUCUUGUGUGUGGUAGUCGUGUUGCAUGCAUUUCCUGUUUAUGUGUUUUGCUACAUCCUCCCCAAACAUUCAUGUGUAGGGAAAACAACAUGAAAGAAACCCUAGAAGUGGCAGUUUGUAUAUGGACAGUUUGCUUCAUCACUGCAAUAGUGUUUGAAAAACUCCAAAUAAAUGACAGUGCUCUGCAUGACUGAAGAAUGUGAAGACACAGCAAUUUGCCUUAUUCUCUGAAUUCCUCUAUUAUAUUAACUAAUGAAGAUGUACAGGAUUAGGCUGCCUCAAGUGUAAUGUGAAAGUAGAAAAACUGAAGGAUUGAAGGGGACAUCUGAGAAUUUGGUUAUCUGGCUUCAAAUCAGGCAGCUUGCGAAUGGGAAAUACACACUCCUCUUUGUGGUAUAAAUUUCUGUGAAGCAUUUGUCGGUCUUUUGAUAUUGAACCAUCUAGUUUAAUGACGACUUUAUCUUUUAUCUGUAACCUACAAUAUAUAUUAACUAUCCGUUUUUUGUAUAAUAAGCAAAGGGCUGUAUAAGCUGAAUGUGAUUAAGUAUACUGUUGAAUUACUCCACUUAAUAAAAAGGCGGCGCUUUUUUUCCCUAUAAAGCCAUUCAGCAAUGAAAUCUGAUGUAAGAUUUAAUGGUAAAUUUCAUCAGACUCUGCUCAUUUUAUUUUUUCAAUAAAAGCUAAGAUUCUGUGAUUA